AUGGCGUUGUCGAUGGCCAGUGGGCGUAUGAGCUCACGAACGGGCCUGAAGCAGCUCAAUGCGGCAGUACAAGCCCGUCAUUUCAGCUCGACACCCGUCCCUGCUGCUACGCUUCGUGAGCUCGAGGGACGACUCAAGUCGGUCCGCAACAUCGAAAAGAUCACAAAGUCGAUGAAGAUGAUUGCAACGACGAGGUUGAACAAGGCGACCAACGCCAUGAAGACCGCCAAAGGCUACGGAGCGGCCAAUGCCGUCCUGUUCGACGAAGCGGAAGCCAAGACGGACAAGAAGCUCAAGACGCUCUGGAUCGUCGUCUCUUCCGAUAGAGGUCUCUGCGGAGGUAUCCACUCUUCAGUCUCCAAGCGAGCCAAGAAGGAGAUCCAAGCCGACGGGAGCGAGGGAGAGGCCAACGUCGUCAUCUUGGGAGACAAGCCAAAGGCACAGAUCGUCCGAGCUUACCCCCAGAACCUCGUCAUCACGUUCAACCAGAUCGGAAAGACGAUCCCGACUUUCUCGGAUGCCACCUCUAUCGUCGCCCUCAUUGAAGACUCCAAGGUCGAAUACGAAAAGGUCAAUCUGAUCUACAACAAGUUUGUGUCUGCCAUCGCCUACGAAUCAGACAUCAUCGAGGUCUACAACGCAGAGACACUCGCCGCUUCGCCCAAAUUUGCAGCCUACGAGAUCGAAGACGAGGGUAUGCAGAACGAUCUCGCUUCCUUUGCACUCGCCAACGCAGUCUACCAAGCCCUCGUCGAAGGACACGCUGCAGAGAUCACUGCGAGAAGGAACGCUAUGGACAAUGCUUCCAAGAACGCAACAGAGAUGAUAGGCAAGCUCCAGAUGCAAUUCAACAGAAUGCGUCAAUCCGUCAUCACCAACGGUCAGUCUCUCGCACCCACUCCAGCCUGUCUCGAGCUCAUCCUUCUUGCUCACAGAUCUCGUCGAUAUCGUCACGGGUGCCAACGCUCUCGAAUAAAGGCUUUUUGCUCUUUGGACUUAUUCUCUGAAUGCAUCCCGCAUGUCUUUGAGCAAAAGCACGAUAAAACGCCCAUUCGACUCGAGCAGCAGCGAUCCUGGCUCAUCACCUCGCUCUCCUAUCGUAUCCAGCCCACACACACACACGCGCACGAGACGGCACUUGUCAAGCCUGCACGAGCCUGUCGCCACGGAGGAACGAGUGGCGAGACAAGGUUUGUGCCUGCGAGCGUGGCCUGCCAGCACGGGAAGAGGCAUCCUUCGAGGCAACGCGGCCUGUCGGGCACUCGCUCUUUUGCGCAGAACGGCUACCUCUCACCGCACGAGUGGUCCUCUGGCUAUGCCGAUCUACCGCCUUGGAACGACGGAGAGAUACCUACGACGCCCAAGACGCCUACUUCCAGGUCGGCUCAUCAGUCAAGCACGCUCAUGGAGUCCCCCGUCGUGCCACAAUUAUUGGGACGGGAAACGUUCACGAACAAGGCAAAGGUGCUGAGCUACAAGCACCAGCUCAGUCCGACGAAGGAACAGCUCGGCGCAUCCCCCAUCUCGCCUCGUCAUGGCAGGCGGCAAGCUUCUAGCUCUGCGCAGCCCCUCGACGCACUCGAUGUAGAAGCGCUCUACUCGACUUACGCCGCCAUCAACACAACCGACACAUCAGAGCGAGGACGACGGCCGUUCUCUACUUCAUUACAGCCCGGUCUAUCGCUAGAACCCUCCAUAAGACCACUAGACGGCUCAGCCUCGACCUCUUCAUUCGCACAUUACAAUGCAAUGCCUUUGCUGGCUAUUGGCACGCCUCGCACGCCUCGCACACGACAAUCUUCUGGCGUCCCUUCGCCUUUGCCUCUCGAUACCAUGAGCUUUCCCGAUCCGCCAAAGCGGAUAGAGUCGCCCGAGCCAAUGCCUAUCAAUUUCGACGCAGACGAUGACACUUCCAGUUCGACAGACGAUGAAGACUUCCAGGAGACUCAAACUGGUCUAGCAGUCAAUGAUGACGAAGGUGAUGAUAAUGAGCACGAAGAGCAGAAUCCAGACGAAGAAGGCCAGCAAGCCCAAUGGCACGCGCUAGAAGCACCCAUCACCCGUUGGCGCACAGAGGUUGGCGAUGAGGAUGAAGAUGACGAAGGAGAACCCACCGAAUCUGUCAGAUGGUCCUCUGGCUCCAUCUCGCGCUCUCAUCUACCUACCCGCUUUCUCGUCAACCCUACCAGGCAACCGGAUGACAAUUUUAUCUCCUUCUCGACCUUGCCAUCCGUCAGCGAAGAGGAACCCGCGUCAUUCGUAUCCGGCUCGAUUCCGCUCGAUGCUUACGAGGAUGAUGCACUGCAUGUCGAAGAGAGAGCACACGAACGGGCAAAGGUAUCUCGACCGAGCAUGCUCAGCAUAUCAGAUAUAUUGCAACGCGCUCUCGAGUUGGGCAAGAGCAUGUCGCCUACUGAUCCCUCGCCGGUCUUUGCACUCAAAGCGACGGAAGAACAGCCACCCAGUACUCCACUUCGCCGAACAGAUUCUCAGACGUCCUCGGCGAGCAAACAGCUGGCAUCCGCUCGAUCCAGCAUCGCUCUAUCAUCCUCCAUGUCGUCUUCAUUCAGGUGGUCCGAUCUCUCUCUCUCUACCAACCACACCUCGCCCUCGAGUACAGCAUCUCAUGACGAUGCGGGCGAUCACUACAGCAGUCCACUGGCAAAGUACAACAACCAGACCCGUAGAGAAUCCUUGUCUACCAUCUCAUCCGCACUCUCAUCUGCCACCUCAUCACGCUCAUCAGACUCUGCUAAAAGGCAGAGCACACAUCAGCAGCAGCAGACAUCAACGACAACCACCACCAUGCCACCUAGAGUUCUGCCUCGCGUUUCGUCCAUUGCUGGCUUGCGAGGAAGCGCAAUGAAGCAACAAAAAGCAAAGGAUACUACAUUCCAAGACUGGGACGAUUAUCUCGACGUUCUUCAGCGUGAAGGGAAGGAGCUCGCACCGCGUCAGAGCACUUCGUCUGGCGCUACCUCAUCACUCAGGCCAGAGUCUCGCGCUUCCUUGACAUCGGGAAAGACACACAUGCUCAGCUUCUGGGGUGGACGACGAUCGCCAAACAGUCUUGCAUCAUCUACGCGCAGUGGUCUUGAUGACAGACCCUUGUCUGGCUCCAGUGGCAAAUCACCUUCCCGGCCAGCAUCAGGACUGAAAACGCACUCGAAUCUCCGCAAGGUCACUUCGAACCUCUCAAUGGUGUCGAAGAGCUCGUCCGUGGAUGCGCCUGUCAUUCCGCUGCGCGGUGGCAGUCUUAAGAAGAGCGCGUCGGCAAAGGGCAAGAUGAAGGCCAUCAUGUAG